AUGCCAGCAGAGAACACUACAGAAGUGACCACAUUCAUCUUAUCUGGACUGACCACCAACCACAACACUGAACUGGUGCUUUUUGUCCUUUUCAUUGCCAUUUAUACUUUGAUCCUGAUUGGCAAUAUUCUCAUCGUCAUCACCAUCGUCUUCGACAACCAGUUGCACAGCCCCAUGUACUUCUUCCUCAGCAAUCUCUCCUUCAUCGAUGUUUGCCAUUCCUCAGUGGUCAUGCCCAAAAUGCUAGCGGACUUCCUGACUGAGUCCAAAACCAUCUCCUUUGGAGAAUGCAUCGCGCAGAUGUUCUUCCUCCACCUCUUUGCCUGCACAGAGAUCUUCCUUCUCACCAUCAUGGCCUACGAUCGCUAUGCCGCCAUAUGUCACCCUCUGCAUUACACAACUAUCAUGAGCCGCCGGAUCUGCCUCAGCUUGGCGGUGGCCAUGUGGCUAGGAGGCCUUGUUCACUCCAUUGCUUUGACGGCCUUGACCCUCAGCGUGCCCUACUGUGGCCCCAACUCCAUUGACAACUUUUUUUGUGAUGUCCCCCUGGUCAUCAAACUCGCCUGUGCCAACACCUACAUUUUUGAGGUCCUCAUCGUCUCCAAUUCAGGAUUGAUCUCUGUGGUUUGCUUUAUUGUUUUGGUCAUCUCGUAUGUGGUCAUCCUGGUCUCCUUGAGGAACCACUUCUCUGAAGGGCGGGGCAAGGCUCUGUCUACUUGCGCUGCUCACCUGACUGUCGUCACCUUCUUCUUGGGCCACUGUAUCUUCAUCUAUCUCCGGCCAGCCAAGAGUUUGGCCGCAGAUAAGGUUGUUUCCAUCUUCUUCACAGCUGUGACACCCCUGCUCAACCCGGUCAUCUACACAUUGCGUAAUGAGGACAUGUUAAAUGCCUUGAAUAAGCUCCGUGGCCGGCAAAUCCAUGCAGGAGCCAAAGGCAUUCAUUAA